UAUUUAAAGACCGGAGCCUCGCAGUGGGGGGGACGGGCGGCCGCGGGGGCAGAGAUGGCGGGACAGGGCUGUCAGUUCGGCGGCGGCGGUGGCGGUCAGAUCACUCUGGAGGACCUCACCGCCGGGCCCGGGCCCGAGCCGGAGGGGGAGAGCACGGAGUCGGUCUCCAACAGCAAUGCCGUCUUGGAGGAAGGCGACGAGCAGCCGGAGGGGGAGGAGGGGGACCGACUCUUCUCUUACUGGCAAACCAUCGGCCGCGGUCACCGGGUGGAGGUGCCACGAGAAAUGGCAGAACCAAUCCAACAGUUGACAAGAAAUAACCAGCCUCAAGACAGAGAGAUGGUACCAUUCGCACAAAUAAGUCAAAAGAAAAAGUGUGACCAAGUACUGUAUGAAAAGCGUCGAUAUGAAAAGGCUAAAUGGGCUUGUGUCAACCUGGAUGAAGGCAAUUACGAGCAGGCCACGUGCCUGGGAUUUAUGAAACUGAUGAGAUACAUCUGUGGGCAAAACUCAUCAGGUCUCUAUCUGGGGAUGACUCUCCCCAUUGUUACCAUAGUGCGUACCAACCAGUCCCGGUCAGAACUGCUGUCUACAGUUACUGUAGCUUACCAUCUGCCUGGACAGUUUCAAGAUCAGAUUCCACAGCCGUCAGUAGCAGACAUUCAGAUAGAGGAGUGGCCUGCUAACAUUGUUUAUACCAGGCCUUUUAAUGGCGUCACGAAUGAAGACUCGAUUCUACAAGAAAUAAACCAGUUAGCAGAAUAUCUGGACAAUCCAGAGCCGUUGCUGCAGGAUACCUUUAUUAUUGCUAGAUACUCCAAUCCUGCUGCUCCCAAUCACCAGAAUGAGAUAUGGUUUAUACAGAGACCGUGAUCAUGUACUGGAUAAUGGAAUGCAGAAUGAUCAUUCGUAUAAAAGAAUAAUGAUCCAUUUUGUGAAAGUGAUUUUGUAACUUGAGCAUGAGGUUAAAUUUAAUUCAAGACCAAAUCAUAGAAUAGACAAUCACAUGCAUGUAAAAGUUUAAAGUGGAAAAUCUAAGACAUAUUCCAAAACCACUGUUCCACUGAAUAAUCUGUUCAAUUUAGAUUUUUAGCCACUGCUGGUUACUGUUCGUGACAGCACAUUUGGACAUUCAGCAAAAUAGUCAUUUUAUCUACACAAUUUGUUUUUUAAUUUGUCUUGCACAUUAAAUCAGUGAUAUUUCAUUGGACUUUUUAAACUCUUAAUUACAAUGGAUAGGCUACAAUAGUUGUCUGACAACUUCUUAAUUCUUUUCCCCCUUCCCCAUUUGUAUCCUAGUGGUACAUUUUUGAAUGUAGGACAAUCAAUUCAAUUUCAGUGGUUCACAUAAUCACCCUUCAGCAAUAUUACAUGUCCUACCUACAAUUUCUGGAUUACACAGAGUACAUUCUUUUUAUAGGGCACAAGUAGCUGAUGAAGUGCCACACAGCAGGUAGAUAUAUGAAGAAAUACCUUUGUUCUUGGCCUCUCCCCUUAUUGUAUAAAGUUAUAGCCAUAAUGGCAAUUUUCUAAUGAUCAUUGCCCAAUCGGAGAAGUAGGCCAUUGGGUUGGACAAGCACGCUGCACCACUGUCUAUGACAAUUUCUUAAUUGUUUCCCCCCUUCCCUAUUUGUACCCUAGUGGUAUAUUUUUGAAUAUAGGACAAUCAAUUCAAUUUCAGUGGUUCACAUAGCAGGAUAUGCAGGAGGAAAACAGUCAAAGCUUGAAAUGUUUUUCCCAAUCUGCAAAUGCUACUCUGUUAACUUAACCCAGAAACCACAAACACUCCAUGUCUGGUUUGAUUAAUAUGUUAAACUAUUUUUUAAAUCCACAAAUACUCUACAGAUAUUACUUUGUUUAGAAUACUUCUGAAAUAGCUGUCAGUACAUUGAAAAUGCACUGCAAAAUAAAAAUAACUCACAACCACAAUUUAAUAUGGAUUGCAUUAAUUCAAGUCUGUCCUUUACAGAGAAUCAUGAAAAUCCUUUCAUGUAUCUGCUUUUCUUGUUGCUUUAUUGAACAUAUGAAUGGUAAUAGUGGUCCAUUAGAAUUGCAAUAUAGUUCAUGCUGAUGUUAAACAUCUGUGCGUAAAAAGGUUUCUAAGGAGAUACAGUAAAACUCGCACAAGUCUUAUCUUUAUAAAUCGUAUAAUCGCCUAAGUCAUAUAAUCACCGAGUCCCAUUGAAUUACACAUUUGCAGUGUAAAUUAUUGAUUAAAUCAGAUUUUAUACUACUUAGACAGUUUGCCUGCAACUUGUUUGCACAAGUCAUAUUAAAUGUUAUGGUUCCGACUGAUACAACUUGCUAGUUUUAAUGUAUUUAUACGCUGAAACAUUUAUUUGCUAAUAUUUGUCAUGCUUUGUAUUGAUAAUUGUUUUAUAAAGUGAGAUGAAGGUAAGGUUGACUGGUGUAAGAACAAAUCUUCAACAAAAAACACCCCCACCCCUCUGGCCUCUUUACAUUGUAGAACUGAAGUGAAAAACAUGGCAGGAACCAAAUUAAGAGGCUGAAGUGCAUUCUCCUCUGUGAAGAAAGCUUUACACUAAAAUAUUCCAGUUGCUGGGGAAGCUUAGAGCAAGUGAAUUGCAAUUAAACAAUUCACUAUGAUGGUGGAACUCUUCAGUUGCUCAGUCCAGUGAUGUCAGUUCCAUGUAUGUUUUCACUACAGUGCACGUAAAAACAAAACUGCUAUUGCAGCCAUAGUUGAAAAAGCACUUUGAUCUGGAAGCAAUUCCUGUAUUGCCACAAAAUGUCAUGCCUCUGGUAAUGUCGCAGGAACUUAUUUUUCCUGAUUGAAGAUUUUUAUUGUAAUAAAUUGGGGAAUAGAACGUCUUGGGAAAUAGUUCAAACAUAUUUAACCAGCUCACCAACGAGCACAUUCUAGCAUAUUGUUUUGCAGGAUGCUCGUUAUGCCACUGUUAGUCAAGUGCAGUAUACUUUUAAAUAACGUGCACCAAUACUAUUUUUGUUUGCUGUGAAGCUGACUAUUCUUGUACCUGAAAAGUAAAAAUGCUAGAACCCCAGUUGUAGCCUUUAUUGUAUUUCACGGCCUGCAGUAAACGCUCAAAUCUAUUUAGAGAUAUAAGGAAAGAAUAUAAAAAUAUAUUUGAAAUUACAUUUUGGUGAAGAAAAUAUUUCAUCUAAGAUAAACGUCAGAUAUGCAGUUAUAACUAAGCUUUGUAAUAGGCAUUCCUUUUCAUUGACAGAACUGUACGACUCGUCUUGUUUUGUGACUGACAUUCUAUUUUGUGUACUGCAAUAUUGUCGGAAUAAAUAUUUUAUCAAGUA